AUGUCGAUUCCCGCAACUCUCCAGCUGCCAGCGAUCAGAGCUUACCUGCAGCGUUUCCAACAGUAAGUAUUGUUGACAUGCUCUGCAAACCAUUCAUCACUUACGCGCCUCUCUAGUGUCUUUCAAGGGCUCGGCGGAGCACCCGAGGCCGAUGCAUACGUUCGCAUCAAUGAGAAAACCCUCCCAAUCCAUUUCUGCGUCGUACAAGCGCACUCGGAAGCGUUAAUGACCAAGGUCAUGGAGUAUUCGGACGUAAACGUGUCCCUCUACAAAGUGUCACACAUUCUCUACUAAUCCAGAAUACAUAGGACGGAACAACCGCGAUCAUAGCUUGGCCCCUAACUCAACCACACGAAACCUUGGACUCCAUAACAGCACUCUUCACAUACUGUUACCACUUCGACUACAGCGGGAACAACAACGCCUCCGAUCUCACUCUGCACAUGCAAGUCUUCGCUCUCGCUUUCAAAUACGAACUGCCUCAUCUUCGGGGAAUGGCAGGAUACAAAUUCCGAAAGUCGGCCCCGGAGUACAUCUCCAGCGAGGAGUUCUAUCAGGUGAUUGGAGCGAGCCAGGCGGAUGAAGUGUUAGUGUCUGGUCCUGGGGGAGAGUUUAGCGAGUUGAUCGCGGAGGUUAUAGCAGAUAAUCGGCAGCUUUUGAGUGCGGAGGAAGGACAGAGGAUGUUGACGAGAGUGGUGAAGGAGUUUCCGCUUUUGUCUUUGAAGAUUGCGGCGGCAUAUCACAGGCUAGACUAA